AUGGACCAACACGGUGGGCAGACCCCUGAAGCUUCCUCUGGCAGCAGCGAGCUUAUAUCCCCAAUUGGCUUUUCGUAUUAUGCCAAUACUUCGUCUCUUAGCCCUCAGUUUUAUCUCAAAAUGUUGGACCGUGGGUGGAGGCGCUCUGGAAGGCUUCUGUACCGCCCAAAUCAGCGAGCAUCUUGCUGUCCUCACUACACCAUUCGACUGGAUUCUGAACAGUUCUACCCUACCAGAAGCCAACGCCACACGAUCAAUCGCUUCAACAAACACGUACUUGGCGAGUCUUAUACCAAGCAGGCUGCACGCUUAUACCCAAGGUCACGCGAAGAGACCAAGAAGCGUGACAACGAAUUCUGUCUCACGGAGCGUAUUCAUGAGGCUGAGCUGAGCAGGGUGAAGAUGCCGCCCGAGCCAGCUCACAAGUGGGUUGUAACUCUUGAAGAUGACGCUUUCACAGAAGAAAAGUUCCUCGUCUAUGAAAAUUACCAGAGAGUUGUCCAUGGGGACGAGCCUUCCGAAAUCACAAGGCAGUCGUUCCAGCGCUUUCUGUGCAACUCACCCCUGCAGCGUCGAUUCAUGGUUGGACCUGAUGGACGAAAGCGCCGCCUGGGUUCCUACCAUCAAUGCUACCGCCUAGACGGGAUUCUGGUAGCCGUCGGAGUGCUCGACUUGCUACCGCAAUGCGUCAGUUCCGUGUACUUUCUCUACCACGAAAGCAUUCACCCAUUUGCCCCGGGCAAAUUGAGCGUUCUCUACGAGAUAUCUCUCGCGAUUGAAGAGAACUACAAAUGGUGGUAUCCCGGUUACUACAUCCACAGCUGCCCUAAAAUGAAAUACAAGAUUGAAUACAGCCCUCAAUAUAUCCUCGACCCGGACACUUUGGACUGGAGACCCCUUGAUAAGGCUAUUCUGGAUAUCCUUGGCAGGGAUACGUACACAAGCUUCGCCAAAGGCUUGGGAGAAGAUCUCCCUAACACGUCUGAGCCACAUUCCACAGACUCUGCAACUGCAUCUGCCAGCAGAGAUUUUGAGUUGUCGACGUCUGCGGGCGCGAGCUCAGACUACACUGACACGGAUACAGACGAUGAGGAAGUCUAUGGCUCCCUGUUCCGAGCCAAAAUGCCGGGAAUACCUUCUCUCAGCGCGAUAGAGAGACUGGACCUGGACCACAUUCCGCUCAAGAUCUUCCCUACAGGGCCCCUGUUCGAGACGUCGGAUUUGGCUGGCUGGAACCGCAGCAGUAUCAAAUCGACAUCGAGCAUCCGACACAGUGUUGCGCAGCUGGUCGCAGCGCUGGGGCCAGACCUGAUGGGCGACGUUUGCUUGGAUCUAGUGCGACAAGGCUAG